GCAAACGUGAAGACUAAAAGUUCACAUUCUAAUUAUUUGUGCUUUGAAUCGGUGAAAGAUGAUUCAAAUGGACGGUGGUGAUAGGCUAAGAGUGACUUUAUUAGAUCGUAUGUCAACGGUGGAGACUAGCCGGAGCUGUUUAACUCUUGAAGCUAUUCUAAUGGCUGAUAAAAACAGAACCUCGCCGCAGAUUCUCUCACCACCGCCGUCGAGGAGCCAAUCUAACCGGUCACUUCUUGAAGUAAUGCAAAGAGAGCACCGACACGACCAAAGCCCUCGAGAUAAAACGGCUUGGAAAAGUCUCCGUGAAAAGCUCCGUCUUAAACGUAACGGUUCUGUUUGGAUCUCGUCUAAUUCUAUCCCGAGUUUGGAUACGCAUAUUCCUAACCGGGAUAACGUUAGCCACCAACUCGGUUUCCUCCUUUCCAACUCAAACAUAACGGAGGAAGCUUCUUCGGCGGAGGGAAGGAUUCGGUUAGGAGCUGUGUUGGCAGAGGAGAGAGCAUUAUCGGCUAGAGAAGAGGAAACGCCGGCGGAGAGGGAAGUGGAGCCGGCGAGGAUGUCAUUGAUGGAGUUGUUGGAGGAGAAUGAAGGGCAAAUGAGUUUGGUAGGCAUAGAUGAAGAGGCGGAGGAGGAGGUGGCGGUGACGGCGGCGGAGAUAAGUUGUUGUGUGUGUAUGGUUAGAAGCAAAGGAGCUGCGUUUAUUCCGUGUGGUCAUACGUUUUGUAGGUUGUGUUCUAGAGAGCUUUGGGUUCAAAGAGGAAACUGUCCUCUAUGUAAUACCACAAUUUUAGAAGUUCUUGAUCUUUUUUAGACUUUUCAGUUUUAAUUAUCUUAAUUUAUCAUAAUCAGGUUGUUUCCUUUGUUGUUGUAAUGUGUUGUUGCAUAUUUGAUGAGAAAUCCUUUUGUAGAAAUUACUUUCUUUCUCAUCUCCAUGGAACCUAGAUUGUUUAUGUUAUUUGGAGAAAACAGAUAAAUUAGAUCAAUCAAA